AUGGGAGCCGAGUUUCCUGCGGAGGAGGCGGAGGACGCGGAAGCUGCUGUCGCCGAGGUUGACCUCGUCCUCGCGCUGGCCCACGACGUCGUCCCGGAGCAGUCGACCUUCAGGGUGAUGGCGACGAAGGUCGAGCUAAAGAUGAAGAGGCUGGAAGGGCUUCGCUGGGAGGCGCUGGAAGCUGCGCGCGACGACACGGACGCGAAACAGUUCAAGCCGGCGGAGAGUCGCCACGGCGACGACAACGACCCCGCCGCCGCGCAUCGUUACCCGUCCGCGUCGGGGAGGGACUGGGACAAGGUUGCGCGGGACAUGGAUCGCAAGGAGAAGGAUACGAAGGAGGAAGGGGAGGCGGCGCUCAACCAGCUGUUUCAGCAGAUCUACGGCGAGGGCAGCGAGGAGGUGAAGAAAGCGAUGAACAAAUCGUUCGUGGAGUCCGGCGGCACGGUGCUCAGCACAAACUGGGGCGAGGUCGGAACGAAGAAGAUCGACGUCAAGCCACCAGACGGCAUGGAGUACAGGAAGUGGGAUCAGUGAUCGGCAUGCGCGUCCUUUCUUAUUUUGUCGUUUGCAGGUUGCGGUGAGUAGAGCUUACGUCGAUGCACCUCUCUGGGUUUUACGUCUG